GGUGAUGUGAACUGGUAGCUGGAUUGAGGGGCUCAGGGGAAAGAAGUGGCGCUCUGCGAUAAGGAAACUUUGUGUUGGUAGUUCAGUAAUGUGCGCUUGUUUACUUUUAUUUCGGUUUAUUUAAUGAAUCUGGGUUUUAAUUUUAACUGACGCAUUGACUAGCGACUGCUCGUAUAGUAGUCUCAUGAAUAGGAUGUUAUCUAGCCCGACUGGGUCGGCACUGAGCGGAAACGGAUCGGCGAGUUCGACCGGCGCGGCUCACGGCUCUGUGGUGCUCAGCGGCGGGCUGCGUGCGUCUCAUUUCCCUUGCGCACCGGCACGCUUAGGAGAAAGCGCGGGCAUGCUUACAGGCAGCGGGCCUGGUGUCGCUUCCAGACAGGGAGUCAGACCUGGGAACGGUAGCGGGCUGAGCGCCCUGCAGGCCGCCGCACAGCCCGGCAUGGUGGCAGCAGGACUCGGGGCAAUGACCGGCAGGUAUGACCGGGACAAAGAGAGCGGCGCGCCGCAAGUUUGCAGUGCCUCCGAUGCCGACUCCGAAUCAGGGGACGACGACGAACCCACCGGUUCUGCGGCAAACAGCAGGCGCGGAGUGAAGCGAGAAAGAGCCGAGAUUGAGGGCGCAGGAAUCGGUCAUGAGGCUGGCGGGCCUCCUGGGGGAUUCGGGGUGCUGAGCGGCGGGGUGGCCGGGGCAAAACCGGGUAAGAAAACCCGAGGGCGAGUGAAGAUAAAGAUGGAGUUCAUAGACAACAAGUUGCGGCGGUACACCACCUUCAGCAAGAGGAAGACUGGUAUCAUGAAGAAGGCAUAUGAACUCUCCACACUGACAGGCACCCAAGUGCUGCUCCUGGUGGCAAGCGAAACAGGCCAUGUGUACACAUUUGCCACACGCAAGCUCCAGCCCAUGAUCACCAGCGAGACGGGCAAGGCUCUGAUCCAGACGUGCCUGAACUCUCCAGACUCACCUCCCCGCUCCGACCCAUCCACGGACCAGCGGAUGAGCGCCACGGGUUUCGAGGAGACAGACCUCACCUACCAGGUGUCUGAAUCCGAAAGCCUAGGAGAAACCAAGGACACUUUGAAGCCAGCCUUUACUGUGGCCAGUCUGCCAGGCAAUACCAGUGCCCAGGCCACAGUGCCUACCACCUCCACCACUAUGCAGGUCAGCAGCGGGGCUUCCUUCCCCAUCACCAACUACCUGGCACCAGUCUCUGGCAGUAGCAGCAGUGCCAGCGGCAACACUAUAGCCAGCACCAACGGGACUGUUCUGAAGAGUGCAGCUGCCUCUGGAGGCGUUAUGCAGCUGCCCAGCGGCUUUACCUUCAUGUCAGCAGGCACUCAUUUUCCCCCUGGAACCUCUACCAUCCCCCUGGGUCAACUGCAACAGCACUCUCUGGCUUUACAGGGUCAGCAGGGCCAGACCCUCAGCAGUGCUACGGCUACACAGACAGCACAGUGUCAGCAGGCUGUGUUUCGCCUCCCCACUGCUGUCUCUCUCACAGGAGCAGGCAUGGCCCAGCAGCUUCAGGCCAUCCAGGUUCAUCAAAGCGCUCAUUCCAGUGCCAUCAGCACUGACGGCAGCAGUGCCGAGAUCUCUCAGUCCAACACUGCCUCCACAGCCACAGUCAGUCUCCCAGCUACUAUCGUCACGUCAUCAGUGCCAACCUCUGUAGCAGGUCACAUGAUGUACUCCAGCCCCCACGCGGUCAUGUACGCCCCCGGACCCACACUUGCCGAGGGUGGCCUAGCUGUGCUUAACGCCUUUUCCCAGGGUGCAUCGGCAAUGCAGGUGUCCCACGCACAGGCCCCAGAUACUGGUGCUGUUCCUCAGGUGUUCCUCACAGGGCCCCCUGGCACGGUCCAGAUUCCUGUUUCAGCUGUGCAACUACAUUCAAUGGUGAUUGGUCAGCAGUCCAACAGCAACAACAGUAAUCUGACGGAGCUUCAGGUGGUGAAUCUGGACACAACGCAGAUUGCUAAGAGUGACUGACGAGCGUCACUACUCAAGUAUCUCCAGAGACUUUCAUCACUUAUUUAUUGCCUUGUUUCAUUCGAAGCAUUGCGUGCAUUGAUGCCAUACGUGUGUAUGUGAUUGUACAGUUUGUACUGUAACAGCAUGUCCUGACCUCACAAAGGACAUUGAGGAAUUGGGAGAAACUCGGUCUUCUCAAUUCUGCUGUGUGUGUGAAAUUUCUAGGAUAUAGACUCCAAUUUCUGACAUGCGUUUUUGCAUGUCGCUUGUGUGCGUAUGUGUGUUUAAGUGUGUAAGGUGUGGAAAAGGGAAAAGGAAAAACAGUGUUAUCUGACAGUUUGCAGAUGCUGCAGCCUCACACCCUGGCCAAAGAUACAUUUAUUUUGUCAGUAUUUCUAUGUGGAUGUUUCUAUAUAGGAAAUGUUGCUGCGACGUGGGCCAUAACAGCAGUAACUAGUACGGUUACUAUCGGAGGCUUUAAGAAAAUUUGAUAUAACAGGAGUUGUGUAUAUAUUUUUUAUUUUAUUAUUUUAGCAGAUAGUGCAAUGGCAUGUGCUGUAGUUGUUUUUUAAGACGUUAUUUGUUUUG